CCAUCUGACCUGAAGCUGUGACUGAUAUAACUGGAGCUGGAAAAAAAGCAAACUUUUAUUGCAGAUAAACGCUUCUAUUUUUUUUUUUUUACUUUUAUUUCUGUACAUUUUUUUUUCCUGCACGUGUUCACUGUUUGGACCUGAUGAGACAGUGAAUAAUCUCUUAAAUCAACACCCACCGCCCCCUGCUGUGGGUGAUUCCUGCAUUUAUAAAUAGGCCUGUUAAAGACCCGCAGCUCUAAAUUUUUCUGCAAAAGUGCAAUGAAAAUGCCUUCGUGGGUCAUCUUCUUCCUGGCUGGCUGGACUUUUUGUGAAAAGUUACUUUUAUGUAAUGGCCUAAAUUAUCAUUAUCUUGAUUAUGACAAUGAAGAUGAAAAGCCAGAGGUCAUUGAUUACAAAGAUCCCUGCAAAGCUGUUGCCUUUUGGGGAGAUAUUGCCUUAGAUGAAGAAGACUUCAAAAUGUUUCACAUCAACAGGACAAUUGAUCUCACUCAACAUUCAAACGAGAGAAUCGGACACACCACAGGUGGCCUUGUAGAGCAUGAUCUAUCAAAAAGGAGAGGAGCUCUCUAUCAGCUUAUAGAAAAGAUAAGAAGAUUUGGCUCUGAAUACAAUUAUACAAAUGCAACUGAUGGAAAAGUAGAUCUGAAGCCCUCAAGGAAAAGUGAGAAAACUCGUGUUCCAAGAGCAGCUACUUCGCGAUCGGAAAGAAUAUGGCCUGGAGGAGUCAUUCCUUAUGUUAUCGGUGGCAACUUUACUGGCAGUCAGAGAGCGAUGUUUAAACAGGCUAUGAGGCACUGGGAAAAGCAUACAUGUGUAACGUUCAUAGAGCGGACUGAUGAAGAGAGCUACAUUGUAUUUACGUACAGGCCUUGUGGAUGCUGCUCUUAUGUUGGAAGAAGAGGCAAUGGACCCCAAGCAAUAUCAAUAGGGAAAAACUGUGAUAAAUUUGGAAUUGUUGUUCAUGAACUAGGCCAUGUGAUCGGCUUUUGGCAUGAACAUACGCGACCAGAUAGAGAUGAUCAUGUGACCAUUAUCAGAGAGAACAUUCAGCCAGGUCAGGAAUACAACUUCCUGAAAAUGGAACCGGGAGAGGUGAAUUCACUUGGAGAAUCAUAUGACUUUGACAGCAUCAUGCAUUAUGCAAGGAACACCUUCUCAAGGGGUAUGUUUUUGGAUACAAUACUUCCUUCCCGGGAUGAGAAUGGCAUACGACCAUCUAUUGGCCAGCGCACACGAUUGAGUACUGGUGACAUUGCACAGGCUAGAAAGUUGUAUAGAUGUCCAGCAUGUGGAGAAACAUUACAAGAGUCUACAGGCAACUUCUCCUCUCCAGGAUUUCCUAAUGGCUAUCCAUCCUACACUCAUUGUAUAUGGAGGAUUUCAGUAACGCCGGGGGAAAAGAUUGUUUUAAAUUUCACAACUAUGGAUCUGUACAAGAGCAGCCUGUGUUGGUAUGACUAUAUCGAAGUCAGAGAUGGCUACUGGAGAAAAUCACCAUUGCUAGGUAGGUACUGUGGUGAUAAGGUUCCAGAGGUUCUCACCACAACAGAUAGCAGAAUGUGGAUUGAGUUCCGAAGCAGCAGUAACUGGGUUGGAAAAGGAUUUUCUGCCGUGUAUGAGGCAAUUUGUGGUGGGGAGAUCCACAAAGAUUCUGGUCAGAUCCAGUCUCCCAAUUACCCGGAUGAUUAUCGACCAUUAAAGGAAUGUAUAUGGAAAAUAACAGUUGCAGAAAACUACAAUGUUGGAUUAACCUUUCAGGCAUUUGAGAUUGAACGCCACGACAAUUGUGCAUAUGAUUAUCUUGAAGUAAGGGAUGGAAACAGUGAAACAAGCCCUCUGAUUGGCCAUUUUUGUGGUUAUGACAAACCGGAUGACAUCAGAUCUACCUCGAAUACCCUGUGGAUGAAGUUUGUUUCUGAUGGAACUGUGAACAAAGCUGGGUUUGCUGCUAACUUCCUGAAGGAGGAAGAUGAAUGUGCCAAACCAGACAAUGGAGGAUGUGAACAGCGAUGUAUUAACACAUUGGGAAGUUAUAAGUGUUCUUGUGACCCUGGGUAUGAGCUGGGUCCUGACAAAAAAAGCUGUGAAGCUGCAUGUGGUGGCCUGUUAACCAAACUCAAUGGAACUAUAACCACACCAGCAUGGCCCAGAGAGUAUCCACCCAACAAAAACUGUGUAUGGCAGGUGGUGGCUCCUUCUCAAUACAGGAUCUCCAUGAAAUUUGAGUACUUUGAACUGGAAGGCAAUGAAGUCUGCAAGUAUGACUAUGUUGAGAUUCGGAGCGGACUUUCAUCUGAUUCGAAACUGCAUGGAAAGUUUUGCGGAACAGAAGUGCCUGAAGUAGUUACUUCCCAAUAUAAUAAUAUGAGGAUUGAGUUUAGGUCUGACAACACUGUAUCGAAAAAGGGCUUUCGGGCAAACUUCUUUUCAGACAAGAAAGCUACCUGCAAAGAAAGAAUUUUUAUUUUUGAAUCUUGCAAGAACUUGGUAAAAGGUGCCCCAUCAGGCCGAGUACGUAUUAAUGACAGACUGGUGGCCUCUGACAGUCUCAGAGACAAAGAUGAGUGUUCAAAAGACAAUGGAGGAUGUCAACAUGAGUGCAUAAAUACUAUAGGAAGCUACAGUUGUCAAUGUCGCAAUGGAUUUGUGCUUCACGACAACAAACACGACUGCAAAGAAGCUGAAUGUGAACACCGAAUUCAUAGCCCAAAUGGCAUAAUCACAAGCCCAAACUGGCCAGAUAAAUAUCCAAGUCGUAAAGAAUGCACAUGGGAAAUUAGUGCAACCCCUGGUCACAGAGUGAAAUUGGCCUUUGGGGAAUUUGAGAUUGAGCAACAUCAAGAAUGUGCGUAUGAUCACCUGGAAGUCUUUGAUGGAGAAACAGAGAAAUCCUCUAUCUUGGGUCGUUUAUGUGGUAACAAGAUCCCAGAGCCUUUGAUAGCCAGCGGAAAUAAAAUGUUUCUUCAAUUUGUAUCUGAUGCAUCUGUACAAAGGAAAGGCUUUCAAGCAACCCAUUCCACAGAGUGUGGCGGCAGGCUAAAGGCAGAAGCAAAACAAAGAGACUUAUUUUCUCAUGCUCAGUUUGGAGACAACAAUUACCCAGUUCAAGCAGAUUGCGAGUGGUUGUUGGUGACUGAAAGAGGUUUACGUGUGGAGCUGUUUUUUCAAACGUUUGAGGUGGAAGAAGAAGCAGACUGUGGCUAUGACUAUAUGGAGCUUUAUGAUGGCUAUGACACAUCUGCAGUAAGGCUCGGGCGUUUCUGUGGAUCUGGGCCUCCAGAAGAAAUCAUUUCCUCAGGAGAUGCCAUUUUGAUUCAUUUUCACACAGAUGACACCAUUAGCAAAAAGGGUUUCCAUAUACGAUACAAAACUGUGAAGUUUCAAGAUAUUCUACACGCCAAAUAACACAAGAAACCUCUGGCAGAAACAAAUGCAUGUGAGGAGAGGAGUGGAAUGAAAUUUUAUUUUUGUUUUUAAAUGAACAUUAGUAUAUAUGUUUUAUAAGGCAAGUAUAAAUGGAAGCAUCCUGGGGAAUACGGCACUGUGUCAAUCAGAAGGGAUAAUUCCACCACUCAAGACAUUUUGUUUUUUUAAGUAGAUACAUGAUGACUGUUCUUGCUUGAGUCCAUGAAAGGGCACUGUUUGCUUCUAGGGAGACCGUGCUUUUCAUACUCUGUUUGACAUUUGUCAAAGUUGCCUGCAGAAUCAAUCCUUUACAUUCAGAGAGUCACCCUGAGGACAGCAUUACCUUCUGAUUUUGUUUUUUGGGCAACGAAAAAAACGACAAAACUGAAUUUUUGUUUUUGCAGGUCAGACUCCUAUGUUGUCAAAAAACUAUUUUUUUUUUUAUAUUUGGCUUCUCUGCUUUUAGUCGGCAUAUAAAACACAGUUACAAAACAGACAAUAACGUGGAUGUUCUGAAACUGAUCGGGAUCCCUUCUUUACUCGCUGAGCAUUGUAAGAAACUGGAACAUUAAAGCCUGUUUUGUAAUAUGGACAUAUAAACAGCCCUUCUGCUCUAUUCAUUCUUUUAAUCCAUGUAUAAGAAUGUAACUAUUUUAACAUUUCCCGCAUUCCAUUUAUUGUAUGAAUGUUAACAGAGAUUUCAAUUGACUUGUCUAAUAUGCCAUAUGUUGUAAUGCACUGUUAAUUUGCACCAAGCAUAUCAGGGACCUGUUUAUUGUUUUUACAAAUCUGUGUCGAUCUGAUUCCUUAUAACAUCAGUAGGGGUAUAUGGAGGGGGAGGUACCUGUGUUUUGUGAAAAUAAGAAAAAGCAAGGUUUUUAUUUUGACUUCAUUAUCAAUAUUCGUCGCUGCUAUAGAUUUUUUUUUUCUUAAAUGUGUUUUAAGGGUUUUCUUCUAAAAGAUACUUUAGUGUUCCCAAAUAUACGAAUUUCAAUAAGUGUGGUGUGACUAGGCAAAGCCUGUUUUCUCAAGUAUUUAUCCCGAACUGUUUAGCCUGUACAGAACUUAUUGGAAGAAAUCUCCAAUGGUGCUAUUCCUCUAACCUAAAAAGAAGAAAAAUGUCAACAUAAGAGAAGCUUAAAUCAAUGAGCCAAUAGUCUGCAAAACAUGAAUGUCUUACUAUGCCUGGCUGCAUCAGAGUACUAAGGACUCCCUAAGUGUGAAGGGAUCAUUGCAGCCUAUGUCCUGUGGAACAACUUUGCCUUAGAAUUCUUGCACAUGGUCAAACAGAUCCUCCUUGUAGAUAAAUCUGUAAUUUGAUACACAAUUUGACAACUUUAAAACAUUUUAAUGUAUGUUGCAAAAGAUAUUUAAGGAAAUUGUAAACAGAGCUUACAGCAUCUAUUGUACAUAUGACUUGCUCGCAAUGUAGGAAUAAAUUGUCUGUUACUUUUAAAUGGUUAUAGGCUAUAGGCCUCGUAUAGCUUUAGUCAUGACGUAUCUGCAGAUGUCCGUUUGUAUGAAUGUAUAUGUUGCAGAAGUGUGAAAUAUCUUGUAUGGUUGACCAGUUAAAUUGUUACUUUAUGUGCCAAAUUACUUGGAUAUAUAUAUAUUCUUUUAUUUUAUUUUUUUUUAUAUAUAUUUUUUCUGCAAUAGCAUUUUUUAUUUAAAGUUGUCAAAUGUAGAAAACGGAUUAUUUAAAGCUAUUGGGACUAACCUUCAAGUUAUGUUUUAUUAAAUGUCCUGUUUUGAUGAAGGUUACUAAUUACAUCUGUUAUCACACCACAACAUUCACUGGCACUAAUAAAAUGUUUUGGUUUUUUUUUUAAA